AUGACCGUCGACUACCGAUACGGUAUCGCCAAUUCUUCACCUGACCUCUGUCUGCCUACCGUAUACGACAUCGAGGAGGAGCGCGAAGAGGAACGGGCAAGCGGGGUUACUAUCGUGUUGGCAUCGGGAGGGACAGGCAAAACCCCAAAAGAACGCAAGCGUCCAAAGGUUUCAAGGCUUUUAGAGGAUCUGGUCUUUACUCUCAAGUUGAAAUGCCAAAAGCUGCGGGGCACCCUCGUUCACUCCCCUAAGCAAUCUCUCGAGGUCGACCUUCUCUCUUGA